UCCUUUCAGCAAAAAUAUGGCAAUAUCGCGAAAUGAUCAAGUAUGACACAUAGAAUGGAUCUGCUAUCCCCGUUUAAAUAAAAAAAAUUCAUUUCAGUAGGCCUUUAAGGACCAGCUUGAGUAUAGAAGACAUUUCAGGGAUGAAGAGCACUCAUCAGCUCCUUUAUAACGACUUAAUUAUUCUUCAGUUAGGCUCAAAUGAGUCUCGAUAUCAGCUUUCCCCAGUUUGCACAGUCAUGGUCCCUUCUACUCUAGAAAAGCUCUCACCCUAAAUGUUUGCUUAUGUUUCCUAUUUGGCAGAGGCGCCUAAGGAAAAAAAAAAAGGAAAAAAAAAGGCAAAUAAAUCACAUGCUGUGAAGCUGGCCAGGCCUUCCACUGUGAGAAACUGAGACUAAAAAGCAGAACAAGAGUGGAGGACUAAAGGGUUUUCAGAUGUGAGUCCAGCCCAGCUUGCUUGGGUGUGCGCCCUCCUUUUAUUCGGGGGAGAAUGGCUGUUGCCUCCACCCCCUCCAGAAGGGAAGACAGUCCCAAGGAAGCGUGCGUCGGAGAGGGGAAGAGCUGCCGCCGAGGCGCGGGGGCCGUCGGGCUGAUCUGAUAACAUCUGGCGAGGCAUCUGCUCGCCGAGGUUACGCCGCUUCGCUCUCAUCCUGCCGGGCCGGAGCUUCCGGUUAUGCCUCGCCGUGAUUCAAGCUUCUUCACGCGGGGUCCUCCGUCCUAGAGGAGACACAUUGACUCCAUUUAUUCUGACAUGAAGGGAGCGCUCAGUUUGAUUGGGGUGUUCCUCUCGUUUCUCUACGACGCCACCUUUGGAGGACAUAUCUGGUCAAUCGCUUGUGGGAACAAGACUCACAGGUGUGUGGACUUCUGCUCCAUCUGCAAUGACUAUUAUGGCAGAGCUACCAUGGACUGCAUGUACACCCUCUUGCACAGCCUGUGCCUCAACAACUUCCACAAGGCCAUGGCAGCGCUGAACACCACAGAUUGGUGCAUUUGGCAUAACGUCAGUGGGUUGUACAGCAACUUGAGCCUUUGCACGGAGGAGAUAUCCGACUGCCUCCUCAUCCCGUGGCCCAACCCACUGGUGGAGCAGACCUUUGUCGACAUCCACUCCAGCUUCUUCAAGGACUGUCCCAUGGAGGAGCUCAGCGACCCGCCGCCGGCCAUCGUAUUUGCCCUGGUUAUAACACCCAUCCUCCUUAUCCCUGUCAUGGUCAGUCUUGUGGUCCUUAAGACCAAAAAUGGUGAUGGCAGCUCCUGAUGUUUCUGCUAUGGCCUCAACAAGGAUGGAACAUUGAGAAUAAGACAAAACCUACUAGAGGUGCAUUGCUUGUGGUUCCUGGUCGGCUUGUCUUCAAUGAACUAGAAGGCUCCUGUUAUCCAUUUUUAACUACAUCCAGAGAACAUUUGCUGGUACCAUUUUGAGUUAAUCCCAAUGUUUUCCGCUCUACUUUCUUCAUUUCGGAUUCCAGUUCCUUUUGGCACAAAUAGUCAAUAGUACCUUCACAUUAUUGUCCGUCUACCUGACAGUUGGAGGAUGUAUUCAAGAAGUCCUCCGGCUUGUUAAAUAACGCAACGAUCCCAAAACAAAGUUUAUUAAUCUUUCAAAUGCGCUUCCUUGCGAUCAGGUGCGUUAGGUAGUCUUCAACCAAACAGAGACCCUUUUUCCUGCCAUUUAAACUUCUCAAAUUUGCUAGGAAAGUUCCUGCAAUCCUUCACCAUGUUGUCCGCCUGCCAGAAAGUCAGGCGGAAGGUCAUUCUCCGUCUCGUGGAAUGACAAUGACAGCAAAUUAAAACAGCUCUGCAAACUUUUUCCUUAACCUUUUAAAAGCACUAUACUUUGUAAUUUAGAGGGUUUAAUAACUUGGAACUAAACAGGCUUUGGUUCCAACAAUCAAAGCUUUAAAAGUUCCUAAUUUGUAGUUCCAACAUCUAAAACUACCAAGUUUCUACAAUGCACUGCAAGGCCUGUGUGAGUCCUGAUCUGGUUUCUGUUAUGUUCCAGUUCUGGGUGUGGUAGCAGUUAGCUAGCAAGCCUUCACAUUGUCUGACAGUCUGUGGUUUUCUUCUAGAGGUCUUCCAUCUCAUGGAAUGAUGAAAAAACAGUGAAUCACAACCACCUCCUAGUUCCUUAACCUUUCGAAUGCACUACCUUGCAAUCAUGAGGGGGGAGAUACUGUAGACUGGGACUAAAUUCAAGGCCUGGUCCCUGUGACGAAAACACUCCUAGUUCCUAAAGAAGCUCCUGCAGUUGAAAUGCUUCUAAAGCUAUACUUGUUCGAUCUUUCAAAGCAAUUAUACCUUGCAAUAAGGAAUGUUAUUUAUCCUGGAACUACAUUGAGAUGUUGGUUCCCGCAAUCAAAACAGGCAAUGAUCAUUUCAAAAUUCCUGAAGAGCGUUCCUGCAAUUAAAAUGUUCCAUUAAGUUCUCAACCUUCUGCCUCAGUUUAGAAAGGUAAAUCCUGACCUGGCUUGUGCAGACAGUGUCAUGCUGUCAAUAGUGGACAUCUUUCUUCUUAACCAGGCAGGCUUGGUUUUUAAGUCUCCUGUAAGUGACCCAAUCAGCACACUAGAUGCACCCUACAAAUGUGGUUAGUACCCUAUAAGAAGGGUGCCACAAAGCAAUACAGAAUGGCGGGUUUCACUAUUUUUUACACAAAAAAAACGAUACCACUUGGUGCAAACAAGGCUUAAUUUAUGUUUUAUAAGCAUUUGUCAUACUUUAUAAGAAAAAGCUAUGUAGAAUUCUGACAAAAGCUCAGGAGCUUGCUAAGUUAGAUCUUCAGCAGUAAGUUUUAGGUGGCGACAGGAAAACACGCGUGGAAAAGAAAAGAUGGGAAGCCAAAAGGUGAGGAUCCUUCUUUCCUGCGAUUGUCCCUUUUUUAAACACGAUCCUCCCAAAGCUGGAACCCUGACGACGGCCAUCAUCGUCACCUCAUCGUGACCUGUAUUUAGAUAUCCGUUUAAGAUACUAAAGACGAUUUUGCUUUUUAGCAAAACAAUGUUUAAAUGACGCAAAAGCUCUUGUUUGUGGUUUGAAGAUUUUGUUUUUAAUUUCAGUACAAAAGUGUCUAUUUAUGUCUUAUUUCUGGACGAGAGCAAACAAUGGCGGCCUGCUCAAUAUCAAUGUAUUGUAUUAUCAUUAAUAGGAUUAAAAACACAUUUUAAAU